AGCGCCGCACUGUCGGAGGCUCCAUCUGAAGACCCAAACUUUGGCGCUGGUAAAGCUGUGCAGAUGUUUGCCCCGGUGGCAGAGUAUGCAAGGGAGGAGCUGGUCCCCUCCUGCCCUAAUCCCCUGUUCUUGCAGUGGCUGGUGGAGUGGCGGGACCUGGCUGCAGAUAGGCAACACAAGUCCCAGAUCGUGUACGAGAAGGCCAUUCGCUCACUGACCAUGUACCCACUCCCUCUGCGGAGUGGCCGAGAAGCUAAAAUCUUGUAUGGCUUUGGAGAUGGAAUUUGCAACCGGCUGGAUGAGAAGCUGUCGGAAUACUAUGCUGAGCAUGGUUUGUCAGACGGUGCUGGUGCGCCCAUUCAUUAUACAUGCCACCAGUUUCCGACAGCACCGACCUGGACUGGCUACAGGGCACGGCCGGGUUCACCAGCGAAAGGACCGCGUUGUCACCGUGCUGGUGAGAGUAUCUCGGAGGAGGAGGAUGGAGCCGAGCUGAGACCCUCUCCAUCAAAAAGGAGGAGACCGGAAAACCGCGAGGAGCAGGAUUAUAAGCCUCAGAAACGCUCGGGAGGCUAUGCCCUCUUACUGACCUUCUACAGAGAGGCGAAGGUAGGCGCGAGGGGACGGUGGGUUCUGUAUUGUGUGGGACCCUCCAGGUUCACCCUGACUGAGAAGGGCCUGAAGCUGGGAGAGAAGCUGAACAUGGAGCACUUGGAGGAGGAGAGGAUAGAGGAGGGCAAACUGGGCAAGGAUGGACAGGCCAUCCUAGCUCAGGCUCAGGAGGCCGAGGAAGAUCAGGCUCCGGCCAUCGCGGCCGCGGGGUUUAACAGCCAGCCACUGCUGUGCCCACCUCCGUGCAAUGGAGAUCCUGGCAGUGCAGCAUGGCUGCCCAUGAGUGAGGACAUGGCAGAGCCACAGACCAGCAGCACGGAGAGUGGCAGGCAAAGCCCCAAGCCUCCGUUCACUCAUGUCCCUGAGUUCACCUUCCGACCCGGAGAGUUUGAUGUGGUGCUCUGUAUUGAUUUCAUUGAAACCACAGCUGGGGCAAGUCACCGUAAGCGGGAGCUGGUCACCGAGCUGAAGAGGAACAAGAUCGAGUUUGACGUUCGCAAGCUACACGUCGGAGAUUUCCUUUGGAUUGCUCGAGAGAAGGUGCAGCACCAGCCAGAUCAGCCAGCUUCCCAUCGGGCCCGCGAGCUGGUGCUGGAGUAUGUGGUGGAGAGGAAGAGGAUGGAUGACCUGUGUGGCAGCAUUGUGGAUGGACGCUUCCGCGAGCAAAAGUUCCGGAUGAAACGCUGUGGCCUCAGGAAUCGGAUCUAUCUCGUGGAGGACUGUAGCUUUGUGAAACACCUCAGCUUGCCAGAGAGUACGCUGCAGCAAGCUAUUGUUAACACCCAGGUUGUGGAUGGAUUCUUUGUAAAGCGAACCAAAGAUGUGAAGGAGUCAGCAGCUUACCUCACCAUUAUGACGCGGUUCCUACAGAAACUCUAUCUGCAAAAGACUCUGCUGAGCUGCAGGAAAGAGGAACAGGUAGCGUGCAGCCAAGAGGGAGCAGGCUCUGACUCCUGUGUCCUCCUGACCUUCAGCGAUUUCAACGAAGGGGCCAUGAAAAACCGGGCCCAGACAGUGAAGGAGGUCUUUGCCAAGCAGUUGAUGCAGAUCAACGGGAUCAGCGGUGAGAAAGCAGUCGCCAUUCUCCGUCACUACGACACAGUGGCCAGCUUGAUGAAAGCCUACGAGGAGUGCCCCACUGCUGGAGGGAGGGAGACGUUGUUGUCCAACAUUAAAUGUGGCAGCACACAGAGAAAUUUGGGUCCGGCCCUGAGCAAGACCGUCUCUCAGCUGUACUGCACAGAGGGGCCUCUGUGCUGAGUGUUCGCGCUCUCCCAGCUAAGAGUGACUGAAUCAAGAGGCCUGAGGCUGUAUCACUGGAAACAUCUCGCCGUGCGUCACAUUUGGAUCUUUUGAUUUUUGUUUCUUUUUUCGGAGGGCAGGCGACUGGGGGAGAGGUGUUGUUCCCAUAAUCGCGUUGCUGACUGCCACCACAGUACUCAGUUCCGCCAACAAACGCACCCAUUCCCUCCUGCCAAGGGUACACCAGGGAGCACGCAUCUCCCUGAGCAACGGGCGGCCGUUCUGUUUUAAAACUCACGCGAGUGACCCGUGAUUGUCUUACUUCUAAUGAGAAAAGCACAAGUGUGAUCUGCUCCUCAGUCUGCGCUUACCCGUCCCCAGUUUUUGCAGGGAAGGGGCUGUGUUUUUUUUUUACAAAAUCAUGAAGCUGUACAUCAUGAGUAAAGUCUUCGUUUUUGCAUUCUGGCCGCUGACCAGAUUUUAAUCUAAACAAACAAAAGGAUUUUUUUUAAGAAUUUCUCCAGGCCACAAGCCAUCAAUAAACUCCUUCAUCCUGAUCUAAGUCGUUUCCAAAUGUUGUUAGCAUAAGCACUGCCAUUUCCUUCUGAAAUCAAUGCAUGAUUUGAUUUGAGCUUUUAAUGUUUUAAAAAUAUCAAUGUUUGGGAACAUGAAGAGGCCAUUCAGCCUCUUGAGCCUGUUUUACUGUUCAAGGGUGCUCAAAUAUAUUAAAUUCUUUAUCCCAGCUUGUUUCCGUAGUGUCAACAUCUAAUGUGGAUAAUUAACCGCUCAGCUGCCCAAAAUCCUGGAUGGUGUUUAAAAGAGACAGGAACUUGAAACUUUUUGUUGGCAAUCAUCAGGACCACAAUGCAAGAAAACCAAUUUUAGAAAGGGAAUAACAAAAUCCACAGUGCCAUCGGUUCGACUCUGGUUGCCGUGGAGAUCCAGCAGGAGCUGUUAACGGCCAAUCGAAAUUAAGCGGUCAGUUUCAGGUGUGACUGUGAUUGGUCAGGGUGUUGCCAUGAAAGUAAAAAAAAUUCAACUUCCUGUCUCUCUUGUGCACCAUCAGACAUAAUGUUAUCAUUUUAUUGAGAGUUCCGAUGAAUCCCUAGCUCUGGAGCGUCUGCCCAAUUUGUGAUAACGGUGGGGGGGGAUUGUAACAGUUGCCAAGCUGUCUGAAUGUGAAUGCCCCCACCCCAAGAGAAAUGUAUUUUUGUCAAAACGGUGGAAUGUAAUGUCGAGGGAAGGGAGUCAGCCCCCGUCCUCUGUGUGUGUUUCCCACCAGUUCCACCAUCAUGUUCCUUAAAACCCAUAACCAACAGAAAAGGACACAUCCUCCUCAAACCAGGACAGCCUGGUAUGGGGAUGUGUUCCCUACCUCCCUACUCCCAACCUCUCCCUCAACGGAAUAAUGGCAAAUCUGUAAUUGAAUACUUUGUGAAAUAUUUAUACAGUUAAUAUUGUGUGUUUGUAUAUCUUUCUGUUUGUGUUUCUGUCUGUAUCUGUCUGUAUUUCUGUCCCUCUCUCUCUGUCUCUAUCUAUCCAUCUGUAUUUCUGUCUCUGCCUUUUCUCCCUCUCUGUCUGUAUUUCCGUCCCUCUCUAUGUCUGUCUCUAUCUAUCUAUCUAUCUAUCUGUAUUUAUGUUCAUCUCUAUCUCCCUCCCUCCCUCUGUCUCUAUCUGUCACUAUCAAUCUCCCUCUCUCACUGUCUGUCUGCCUGCCUCUAUCUAUCCAUCGGUAUUUCUGUCCCUCUCUAUCUCCUUUAUCUCUGUUUGUAUGUCUCUAUCUGUCUCUCUGUAUCUAUCUGUCUCCCUCUUUCCCUGUCUGUCUGUGUUUCUGUCUCUAACUCGUCCUCUCUCUCUCUGUCUGUCUGUCUGUCUCUCUAUCUAUCUACAGAUCUUUCUCUCUGUCUGUCUCUCUAUCUAUCUAUCUAUCUCGCGCUGUCUCUCUCUGGGGGUGGUGUGUCAGAGGCAGGGGGAUGGGGAGAACACAUUGGCCAUCGUCCAUCAUGUUCACUACUCCCCCUCAACCUGCAGUGUGCUGGAGAUGGGUCAGCUCUCUCUGUCUGGCUGCCCCCCACCCCCACCUCAGAGACAUGGCCCCUCCCGUGUGUUCGUACAACUUGUGACUAGUCCUGUGUGUUGCACGUUUUUUGAUUUUUUUAAUUUGUGAAUUGUUAAGAGUUUGUGCGUGUAGAGCGCUGUAUGUGAGGUUUUUAGCAGUAACCGUGUAAAACUGUGUAGCCCAAUCACGGGAGAUGCCACUGCGGGAUGGAGGGUUGGUGGGUAAGCUGAGGUUUCACUCACUCACUCACUCACUCCCUCCGUCCCCGUGGCUCGUUAAUUGUUCAACUCGUGUUAGUAUCGAGAUGUGACUGCCUAAAACAAAUCCCCCAGGAUUGUGGGGCAAGGUGCUAUGGAAACGGUGUGUUUUUUUUAAAAAAAAGUUUGAAUAAAGGUAAAAACAUAAA